UAGGCCUUUGUUUUGUUCCACGAUUCGAAACCGGAUUGUAAUUUUGAAAAGCUGUAACAGUUAGCAUUCUGAGAAAAUGUUAUUUUCAUGUGGAUUAUCUUUCGCCUUUAAAAUAAUCCUUCUUUCUCGACUGACGCAAAUACUUAUCUUACUUUCUGAUUACAAAAAUUACUUCCUAUUUUUUUCUUUCGUUUAUAAUUAUAAAACGCGCCACAGAGAGAACUGCUAAUACAAAUAUACCAUUCUCGUUCCCAAAGCUCUUUCAAAUGAACCUUCACUUUUAAGUAAAAAUUUAUCUUAAGCAGCUCUAGGGACGAAAAUGUAAAUAUACAACUUAUAAAUUUAGGUCGAAUUUUCUGCAGAGGAAAGUCUUUUCUUUUUGAGUUAGACCCAGAAAACUAUUUGUGGUCCAAGAUGUCAAAGUUCAGCAUCUUUGGUAUUUUCCUUUUAAGCGUAUGUGUGCUUGGACAAAAAGCAAAGAACAACACACUAAGUCUUCCAACUAUUGCAGGGACAUGGAAAAACCAACUGGGCUCAACAAUGGUUAUAACACAAAAAGGAAGAAACUUGGUUGGAAAGUAUUGUACGGCAGUGAGUCGCUCUCCUUUAAAACGCCCGACAUUUGAUUUGGUGGGACUCGUAGGGCUUGGUACACCAACAUCAAUUGGAUGGGUUGUGACUUUUGCGGGUAAGCACCAAUCUUGGUUCUCUACCACUGGUUGGUCUGGACAAUAUCGCAUCAAAAAUGGUAAACCUGUUAUCCUGACCACUUGGGUGUUAACUAAUGCACCUGCUGAUGAGAAUGCUAUUUGGGCAUCAACUAAAAUUGGAAAGGAUAACUUUCACAAAAUACAGUCAGACGUCACCUGCAAGUUUUAGAUCAAAUCACAUUGUUUUCUUUGUCUAUUGUAUUCUUGUCUAUUUUUGUUAUUAUUUUAAAUAAAAUAUGCUUAAAAAGUA